UCCCGCUCCCCCCGCCCGGGCUCUUUGUCGGCGGGUGCCGGUGGGGGCCCGCAGCGCCAUGUCCUCCCCCAAGAACGGCUUCUACCGGCAGGAGAUCACUAAGACCCUCUGGGAAGUGCGGACCGCUACCGGUUACGCAGCGGUGGGCGGGCGCCUACGAGCCGUCUGCUCAGCCGUCGAUGGCAGAAGUGGUACCAAAGUGGCCAUUAAGAAAUUGUACCGCCCGUUUCAGUCUGAACUCUUUGCCAAGCGAGCUUACCGAGAACUGCGUCUCUUGAAACACAUGAAGCACGAAAACGUCAUUGGAAUAUUGGAUGUGUUCACACCAGAUGUAACACUGGAGAAAUUUAAUGACUUCUACCUCGUCAUGCCAUUUAUGGGAACAGAUUUGAGUAAGAUAAUGAAGCAUGAGAAACUAACUGAAGACCGAAUCCAGUUCCUGGUAUAUCAGAUGCUGAAAGGCUUAAAGUAUAUUCACUCAUCAGGCAUAAUUCACAGGGAUCUAAAGCCUGGAAACUUGGCAGUAAAUGAAGACUGUGAAUUGAAGAUUCUGGAUUUUGGAUUGGCAAGGCAUACAGACAGUGAGAUGACUGGUUAUGUGGUUACAAGGUGGUACAGAGCUCCAGAGGUCAUACUUAACUGGAUGCAUUAUACUCAAACAGUUGACAUCUGGUCUGUGGGCUGUAUAAUGGCUGAGAUGAUAACAGGGAGGCCUCUGUUCAAAGGAAAUGAUCAUCUGGACCAACUCACAGAAAUAAUGAAAAUAACAGGUACACCAACUCAAGAUUUUGUUCAAAAAUUGCACAGUCAAGAUGCAAAAAACUAUAUCAAAAGCCUCCCAAAAGUCCAGAAGAAAGAUUUUGCAUCCAUCUUGAAGUAUGCGAAUCCUUUGGCUGUAAACCUUUUGGAGAAAAUGCUGGUGCUGGAUGCAGAGAAGCGAAUCACAGCAGCUGAGGCUUUGAUGCAUCCUUAUUUUGAACCAAUUCAUGAUCCUGAAGAAGAAAUUGAAGCUGAGAAAUAUGACGACACAUUUGAUAACAUGGAUCUUCCGCUAGAUGAGUGGAAGCGUAUUACACAUAAAGAGAUACUGAACUUCAAGCCACCACAGACAUCAGACUCAAAGGAGACAGCAGUGUAAUUGUAUGACUCAAUCUUUUCAAAGCUCUGAAGAAAGCGUGAAAGUUGUAAAUGUUUCUGACAUUUCAGGUGUAUAAAACUUUAUAAAUAAACUGUACAUAAUCUGUUUCAUCUGCACUGUAAGAAAGAGCAAUGUUUUUUACUCUGCAUAUGGAAGUUGGUCCCUCUGGGAGUAGCAUUUCAAAAAUAUCGACAAACUUAUUCCUGCCUACAACUUCUUCUGCACAAAAGGAUUCAAACUGCAAUAAGCUCAGUGCUGUCCUCAAAAGAGCAGGUAGGACUAAUUCUUCAACUCACAGACCACAAGAGCACAAGUUACCCCCCCAAGCAAGCUAAGACACAGAGUGUGUCAGAGAUGUGCUGUGAUUGCUCUCCAAGGGCAUUGAACCAUCUUAAAUGCAAGAAGCAUUCGUGUGAUUUCCUCUGGAAUAUUUCACUCUGUUAAGAAGCCUGGGAAUGCUAAUCAUCUUCUGCCACCUCAGCAACUGCAGUGGGUAGCAGAGACACAGCCCAAAUGAAUGCCUGUGUCCCCUGUCCUAUGUGAGUGGAAGAGAACCUGAUCUCCAGACAGUUCUGACAGAUCUGGGCAAGAGGCAAAAAAAGCAGGGAAGUGUCAAUGUGGAUAUAGUCUAUCUGGACUUCAGCAAAGCCUUUGACACAGUUUCUCACAGCAUACUCCUGGAUAACCUGACAGCUCACUGCUUGGACAGGGGCACUCUCUGCUGGGUUAGGAACUGGCUGAAGGGCCGGGCCCAGAGAG